AUGAUCAUGGUUGUGGAAACGCUGAUAUGGCUCACGACGCUGUCCAGGUCGCAGGCCCUACCGGAUGUAGCAAGGAGCGCGAGCACGAUUUUUGAAUUGAUCGAAGCCGGCGAUUUGCUGAAGCUAAAGGAGAUUUUCGAUAGCAGCUGUGUGGAGUUGAUCAACGAGAAUGGCGAAACUCCUUUGAUCGUAGCGUCACGUCACAACGCUGCCGAAAUCGUUGACUUCUUGUUGAAAAACGACGCGGAUCCGAACGCAAAAGACAACGAGUGGUUUUCAGCAUUGCUCAAUGCUGCCCAGUGCGGGUUCACCGAAGUUUGUGAGGCACUGAUUGACGCCGGGGCGGACAUAGAAGAUUCAGACAUAGGAGGAUGGACACCACUGGUAUGGGCCUGCUAUCGAAGCCGCCUUCCUGUCGUUCAUUUGUUGCUGAAGCGAGGCGCCUCCGUGAACCUGAUUGACGAGUUUGGAAAUAACGCGCUGCUAUGGGCUUGUCGCAAGAACGCCACUCAAAUUGCCCAGGAGCUGAUUGAAGCUGGCAGCAACUCAGACGUUAUCGGAAUGAAAGGAAUGACACCAUUGAUUUUCUGUUCGAAAUGGGGUAACGUUGAGCUGGUUGCUAUGAUCCUCGAACAUACAUCAAAUAUAAACGCCGUUGACUUUUCUGGAAUGACCGCCCUCGCUUACGCCGCAGUUGGAGGUUAUCAUGAGAAGAAGGAGAGCAUUCUCAUGAAGUCUGUGAAAAACGAACAGUUACAGGUAAUCAAAGACCUGCUGGACCAUCAUGCUGAUUUAGACUAUAAAGACGAACAGAGCCGCACUGCUCUCCACGUUGCAGUUGAUAAAGGACAAUUGGAUAUUGUGUCGUUGCUUCUGCAGUACCUUCCAAACACGGAAAUACGAAACAAAGACGGUGAUACACCGCUGCUGCGAGCAGCCCGUUGCAAAAAUCUCAUCGCGGCACAACUACUAAUCCAGGCUGGUGCUAAUGUUGGCGCUGCUGAUAAGGUUGGAGACACCUGUUUGCACAUUGCUGCCCGGUGUCGAAGUAUUCGGCUUAUGAAGAUUCUGCUGUCACGACCACAAGACACACGUUUGCUGUAUCAACCGAACAAACGUCGAGAGACACCGUACAGCAUCGACCGCGCAAGUGGCAAGCCAAUGCUGCCGCACAUUUUCGGGCCGUUGGAAUCCACGGUGAAGAUAGAAGCGAUGAUGGGUUACGAGCUGUACAGCAGCAUCCUUGCCGACAUAAUGUGCUCGCCGAUUCUGUCACUACCGGUGUUCGUUGGCUUGUUUGCCAAAUGGGGCUCUGGCAACUUCAUUUUCGCUGAAUAUCGUCGAUUGUCGACCUACGAUGGAGAGCAUGCCUUGGCGAAUGUUGUACAAUCGUUUUACGAUGAACUCGAAAAAUACUAUGGCUUCUUGCCGGUAACCUUUGCCAGAGCGAUCAGAUCAGAAUACUGUCGUCGCAAGGAGUUGUCGUUUCGACGAUUCUGCGGGAUCCCAGUUGCAGUCAUAUGCGUGUUCAUAUUCGUGAACGUCAUUCUCGGGCUGUCGUUGUGUCUUUCGUACCUGACUGUGCACAACGAUGCGGUGUUAUUGGCCGGCCUUGUGAUUCUGAUCAUUUCGUUGUCGUGUUUAUGCUAUCCACUGGGUUUCCUCGCGGUGCACAUGUUUUUGUUUCGGCCGCAGCAGACCGUUAAACGCCUGUUGAUGAACGUCGACCGCCUGCGCCUCGAGGCGUUCAUGCAGAACCUGCGAAGCCACGUAGAGCUGCUUGAAGAAACCGUCCAUCGACUGGACAGUUACUCCCACUGCCAGACGAGAUUUGUUCUCUUCGUUGACCGACUGGACAGCUGCGAGGGCAGUCGCAUUCUGCAGACGCUGGACGCACUGCAGGUUUUAUUCGGUAACCAAAACAACUCGCCUUUCAUCGUCCUCAUAUCCGUCGAUCCUCACAUCGUCAUAUCCGCCGUUCAGCCUAGUCUCAGCGCCGCUUUUAAUAAAUCUGAAAUCAGCGGCUACGACUACCUGAAACUAAUCAUUCAUAUGCCUUUGUACCUUCGAAACUCUGAGUUUGUAAAGCUUCAUCAGAAUCUGAUGCAGCAUCGAAGUCUGGACCCGAAUCGUCUCAAAAACGUAAUCGUUUAUUUUUCUCUCAUUGUUUUAUUUUCAGCACUGACUAUUUUUAGUAUUAAUUGGCUAGUUUUUAAUUUUCAAGUUUUUAACGCAGUAUUAAUAAAGUUUAUAUACAUUUAGUA